AAAUCGCUCCGGGAGACGUCGGGACAGUGUGUCAUGACCGGGAAGGACUCCGUCGACCGGAAGCUCGUCGUGGUCGGAGACGGCAACUGCGGCAAGACCUGCCUGCUCGUCACUUACUGCAGCGACAGCUUCCCGGACCUCUACGUGCCGACCGUGUUCGAGACGUACAGCACCUUCGUCGAGUGCAACCAGCAGAGGGUACGACUGUCGCUUUGGGACACGGCCGGCGAAGAGGACUACGACCGACUCCGCCCUCUUUCUUACGGGCAGGCCAACGUGGUGCUCAUGUGCUUCACGCUCGACAACCCCGACAGCCUGAGCAACGUGGAGUACAAGUGGGAGCCCGAGAUACGCCACUACCUUCCUAAGGUUCCAAUCGUGCUCGUCGGUAACAAAAGGGACGUCCGCGACGACUACCGGCCACCCCUGGUGCUGCCGCGAAACUACAAGCUCCCCGUGACGGCGUCCCAAGGACGAGCAGUGGCCAGCCGCAUCAAGGCCGUGGCCUACGUCGAGUGCUCGGCCCUCAAGAGGAUCGGCGUCAAGGAGGUCUUCGACGCGGCCAUCAAGGCGUCGCUUCAGCAGCAGACUGGACGAAAGAAGCAACGUCGCUGUAGCAUGCUGUAACCGUACCCAAGAGGCAAGCCAUCGUCACACAUGAAACGCUUCCGUUCGCGAUCGUCCCUGUCGAGGCAGCAGUACCACGUUUUCAAGUCGUUCAAGGCAGAGUCAAUCAAAAUCAUACAAUAAAUAAAUAUCCCGUUACGUCGGGAAAAGCUAAGCCAUUUGAAUUGU